AUAUUCAUCUAUGAUUGCUGCAGACUGUAGUCACCGCUGCGGCUGGCGAGCCCUCUAUAAGGACUAGCCGACCCGUAGCCCUCUUCGUCCAUCACAGCACUCUCGAGCGUUCCUCCUCCGCAUGACUAAUAUGCUGAAGCAAGGGUUACGAGCUCCGACCCACGUCCCCUCCCUCUUCCUCUCCCAUAAGCCCUUGCUCUCUGGCCAUGGCGCCUCGUGCGUGCCCAUGGUGUCGUCGUCGUCGGCUCGACGCGGGAGGGCGUCGAGGCGUCGACGGCAGAUCUGUUGCUCCGCCGCCGCCGAGGAGUCCACUCCGUCGGUGGUGGCGGCCGCGAAGAGGCCGGUCACCGUCAACGCCGUCUUGACGGUGCUGCCGACCGUGGGAGGAGCCUUCGCCCACAUCGGCAUAACGCGGGGGCUCGACGACAUCGGCGAUUUGCUUGGCAAAUCCCUCCACCUUGAGCUCGUCAGCGCCGAACUCGACCCGGCAACGGGACUGGAGAAGAAGACGAUUGCGGCGUUCGCUCACAAGGCCAGCCACGGCGUUGAAACUGCCAAGUACGAAGCCAGCUUCAGCGUCCCACCGAGCUUCGGAGAAAUCGGUGCUGUGUUUGUGAGGAAUGAGCACCACAAGGAGAUGUAUCUCAGUGAUAUCGUCCUCUCCUCAGCGGAUGACUCCAUUGCUGUAAACAUCAGCUGCAAGUCAUGGUUGCACUCCAAGUUUGACAACCCUGAGGACAGGGUUUUCUUUACCAACAAGUCCUACUUGCCGUCUCAGACCCCGACCGGGCUUCAGAAGCUGAGGGAGAAGGAGCUGGAGAUACUGCGAGGGAAUGGCACCGGGCAGCGCAAGAAGUUUGAGCGGAUCUACGACUACGACACGUACAACGAUCUCGGAAACCCGGACAAGAACCCGAGCACGGCCAGGCCGGUCCUCGGCGGAAGCGAGGCGUUACCCUAUCCUCGCCGCUGCCGAAGUGGACGUCCCAGGAGCAAGAAAGAUCCUCAAUCGGAGCAGAAGGGAGAUGUGUACGUUCCCAGGGACGAGAACUUCUCGGAGGUGAAGCAGGUGACGUUCUCGGCGAAGACGCUCCGCUCGGUGCUCCACGCUCUGGUGCCCUCGCUGCAGACGGUGCUGGUGGAUGCCAAGCUGGGCUUCCCCUACUUCACCGCCAUCGACUCGCUGUUCGACGAGGGGGUGCCGCUGCCGAAGCAGGACGCGUUCCACGUCUUCCGCACCGUCGUGCCGAGGCUCGUCAAGGCCGUCACGCAGGGCGCCCAUAGCAUCCUGCAGUUCGAGGUCCCAGAAAUGCUCGAGAGGGACAAGUUUUCAUGGUUUAGAGAUGAAGAAUUUGGUCGGCAGACACUGGCAGGCCUCAACCCUUUGAGUAUUCAGCUAGUCACGGAAUUCCCUUUGGUUAGCAAACUCGAUCCAAACAUUUAUGGUCCGCCCGAGUCUCUGAUCACCGAGGAACUUAUCGAGCGAGAAAUAAAGGGAAUUAUGACUGUGAAAGAGGCGCUGGAGAAGAAGAAGAUGUUCAUUCUGGACUACCAUGAUCUGUUUCUGCCGUACGUGCAUAAGAUUAGAGAGCUGGAAGACACCACGAUGUAUGCGUCCCGCACAGUCUUCUUCCUCACGCCGGACGACACACUGAGGCCUCUCGCCAUCGAGCUCACUCGGCCGGCUUCCCCGACCAAGCCUCAGUGGAAGCAGGUCUUCAGCCCUUGUUGGGACGCCACUGGAGCCUGGCUUUGGAAGCUUGCAAAAGCCCAUGCCUUGGCUCAUGACUCGGGCUAUCAUCAACUUGUCUCCCACUGGCUGCGAACUCACUGUUGCGUGGAGCCGUACAUCAUCGCAGCCAACCGGCAACUCAGUCAGAUGCAUCCGAUCUACCGAUUGCUGCACCCUCAUUUCCGAUACACGAUGGAGAUCAACGCGCUGGCCCGCGGCUACCUCAUCAAUGCAGACGGCAUCAUCGAGCAAACCUUCUCCCCGGGCAAAUACUCCUUGGAGCUCUGCUCGGUGGCCUAUGGCAAGCUUUGGAGGUUCGACACGGAGGCCUUACCAGCUGACCUGAUCCGGAGGGGAAUGGCAGUGGAGGACCCAGCGGCGGAGCAUGGAUUGAAGCUGACGAUAGAAGACUACCCUUAUGCGCAGGAUGGUCUCCUGAUCUGGUCAGCCAUCAAGCAGUGGGUGACCGACUACGUCGACUACUACUACCCAGAUGCCAGCCAUGUCAAGGAGGACUCCGAGCUCCAAGAAUGGUGGACGGAGGUCCGAACCAAGGGGCACGCCGACAAAAAGGACGAGCCAUGGUGGCCGGUGCUGAACACACAGGAGGACCUGAUCCACGUCCUGACCACCAUCAUCUGGGUGGGCUCCGGCCACCACGCCGCCGUCAACUUCGGACAGUACCACUAUGCCGGCUACUUCCCUAACCGUCCCACCAUCGCGCGCACCAAUAUGCCGGUCGAGGACUACAGCGACGAGCAGCUCGCCAAGUUCUGGGCCAAGCCGGAGAUCGCCCUGCUCCACUGCUACCCCUCGCAGAUCCAAGCCACGAUCGUGAUGGCCAUCCUCGACGUGCUGUCGACGCACGCGCCCGACGAGGAGUACCUGGGCCGCGACCCGGAGGCGUCGUGGGCGCAGAACCCGGUGAUCUACGCCGCGUUCGAGCGGUUCAGCGGGAAGCUGAAGGAGAUCGAAGGCAUCAUCGACGGCAGAAACGCUAACCCUGAGUUCAAGAACAGAUGCGGCGCCGGCAUCGUCCCGUAUCAGCUCCUGAAGCCGUACUCCGAAGCUGGCGUCACAGGAAUGGGUGUCCCGAACAGCAUCUCUAUAUGAAACACCGACGAGACGUAGAACUCCUCCCCUUCCUUUCUCUAUCUUCCCUUCACCACUGUAGGCAGAGUUUUCGAGCGUUUCCUCGAUCGCCAUUUGAAUAAAGCCAAGCAUCAAGGUGUUUGAUGUUUGGUCCUUGUUUGAUAUGUUCAAAGAGGUCACAAAAAAUCCAGCCUUGGAUAAAUCACAGAGCUAUCUCAC